UACUUUUUCUUUCACUGGAAGCAACCAAUGUUACUAGUUUCUUAUAUAUUCUUCCGAGCCUCUGUUAUGCACCUAAAGCAAUAUUGGAAACUCCAGAAGAAAGUGCAACCUCUAGAAAUCCGCAAGGAAACUUCAAAAAGACUUGUGAACCACCAAAAAGGUCUCCGUGAUGAAAAGUGCAAAGCUGACUACAUGAAGCCAAGCACUUUUUCUUCAAAUCCCACCCUUGGUAAAGCAUCAUCUCGGAAGCCUUUUGGGAUCCUUUCUCCAAAUGUUUUGUGCAGCAUGAGUGGAAAGAGCCCUGUAGAAAGCAGCUUGAAUGUUAAAACCAAGAAGAAUGUACCAUCUGCAACAAUCCACCAGGGUGAAGACGGGGAAGGACCUCUGGAUAUCUGGGCUGUUGUGAAGCCGGGAAAUACAAAAGAGAAAAUCGCUUUCUUUGCUGCCCACCAGUGUAGUAACAGAAUAGGAUCAAUGAAAAUAAAAAGCUCCUGGGAUAUUGAUGGGAGAGCUACUAAAAGAAGAAAAAAAUCAGGGGAUCUUAAAGAAGCCAAAACGCAGUUGGAAAGGAUGCGGGACGUCAGCAACAGGUGCUCCCCUCCUGAGCCUUUUGCCUGUGGCAUUGAGCACUGUUCUGUGCAUUAUGUGAAUGACAGUGGGAAUGGUAUCUAUGCCGGAAGACCUCUGUCCGUCAUACAGAUGGUCGCCUUCCUGGAACAAAGAGCUAGUGCUUUGCUGGCCAGUUGUACGAAAAACUGCACCAACUCACCUGCUGCAAUAAGGUUUUCUGGGCAAUCCAGGAACGUGCCCCUUGCCUCCGAACCUUUCUCCACCACCGGAGCUUGUGAAGAGCCCACAGAAAGAGGAUCUCUUGAGGUGGGUGAGCCACCAAGUGAGCCAGUCCGUGUCCUUGACAUGGUAGCAAGGCUGGAGUCCGAGUGCCUAAAGCGGCAGGGCCAGCGUGAACCUGGGAACCUUUCAAGGAAUAAUAGCUUUCGUCGGAAUGUGGGCCGGGUGCUGCUUGCAAAUGGUACUCAGGCUGAUGAAGGCAAUACGAACAAGGGUGCUUUGGAAACUCCUGACUCUCAGGCGAGUGCUGUGGGGUCUGAGUCUGUGGACUGCGACCUCUCAAGAGCUGGCCCUUGUUCUAAGGGGGACCAGAUCUGGGAUGGUACUCCUCAGGGCUGCCCCUCUAUGCCCGCAGAUGUAAGUUCCCACACGGACAGUGCUGACUUGGAGCCAGAUCAGUCAACUGCCAUGAAAACCAGCAAUAGAUAUGCUGUGGAAAUGAUCGAGGCACUUGUUGGCUCACCUUUUCCUUCUCGAACCUGUCCUCAGGCCAUUGAAUUGCCCACAGAUGCUUUUGAUUGCAUAAGCAGAGAGCAUGUGCUGCAUACCAACCAAAAUCCAGACCAGCGAAGGAAAGAGUCUCUGUGCAUUAGUAUCACUGUGUCCAAAGUGGAGAAAGACCAGGCUUCCAGUUUGAAGUCUGGUGAAGACCCACUUCCAGGAAUGUUGUUUUUUUUGUCCCCUGGUCACCAGUCGGACUGUUCCCAGUUUAGUAAAAGCACAAUAGAAGAGUCUUCCGAGGCUGGCCAGCUUAAAGGCGUAGUUGAGGAUGACAGCGCUUCCAAGGAAAGAAGUGUUUCCGUCUCUCCUGUGGAAAGCACGUCACUGGUGCUCGAGGCAUCCAGUUGGAAGAAACAGGUGUCUCAUGACUUUCUGGAGACCAGGUUUAAAAUCCAGCAGCUUUUAGAGCCUCAGCAAUACAUGGCUUUUUUGCCCCAUCACAUUAUGGUGAAAAUCUUCAGGUUACUUCCCACCAAGAGUUUAGUGGCUCUUAAAUGUACCUGCUGCUAUUUCAAGUUUAUCAUUGAAUAUUACAAUAUCAGGCCUGCAGAUUCUCGUUGGGUUCGAGAUCCACGCUAUAGAGAGGAUCCCUGCAAGCAGUGCAAGAAAAAAUAUGUGAAGGGGGAUGUGUCCCUAUGCCGGUGGCACCCCAAGCCCUAUUGCCAGGCACUGCCCUAUGGACCAGGGUAUUGGAUGUGCUGCCACCGGUCUCAGAAGGGCUUCCCUGGCUGUAAGCUAGGGCUACACGACAAUCACUGGGUUCCUGCUUGCCAUAGCUUUAAUCGAGCAAUCCAUAAGAAAGCAAAAGGGACCGAAAUGGAAGAGGAAUACUAGUGCAAGGCAACAAAAGAACUUGAAUUUAAAACUCAACCCCACCUCACUCUGUUUUGCAAGGGAAUGUUGCCUCUUCCGAGCCCUUCAGGAGAAUCUCUGUCGUAUUCCAUCAUGCCUGCUAUUGCUUAUACAUUAUUUUUAUUAACUUAAUUUGCAAGCUGUACAAGAAAAUGGCUCUUGUUGUACAGUGACGCCUCACAUUUGAUCCAGGGUGGUUUUCUAAUUUGACUCACUUGGCUGUGAAUUUAUGCCUGUUUUCCCAAAUUGAAUUCAUCCUCAAAGAAACAAAGAUGCAAUUGCCACCAUCAUAAGACAUUCAGAAGGAUUCAUGGCAGACUGUGCAGGCGGUCCCCAAAAAUGGGGCUUCAGAAACGUUUUGAGCACUGGCACCAUAUUUGAUACAAGUAAAGAGUGUUCUGUGGGGGGAAAAAAAGCAAUGCUCUUAGGAGAAAAAUAUGCUUAAAAAGGAAAAGCAGGCACCUUACUUUAAACCUUGUAUGCUUGAUCCUGUGAGAUUGAUGUUUGUGGUUGGAGAUGGAGUUCAUGCCCUGUGGUGUUUACAGUGUAUAUAAUGGUUGUGUUUCAUAGGGCUAUGAAAGUGCACAUUAAACCCUGAGCGCCUUUACCUUAGAUGAGUGCUUUUGGCCCCUCUGUAUAUGACACUAUUAAAUCCAAGUUGUAUAUAAUGGAUAGCUGAUUGAACAUCAUAAUCUCCACAAUGCAGCUAGGAUAGUGUUGCGGCUACAAUUGUGUUUUUUUAUUGUCUUAAAUUUGUACAUCCUGUAUAAAAUAUGAAUGUUUCCCAAAUAAACUAUGAAUGUUUCCUGUAUAAUAUAUGAAUGUUUCUGAGAAGAAACUCUAAAAUAGUUAAGCAAGUUAACCUAUUGAGGGCCCGAGUAGAUAGUACAGAGGGUAGGAUGCUUGCCUUGCACAAGUGCAGACUAACCUGGGUUCUAUUCUUGGCAUCCCAUAUGGUUCCCAAGCCCUCCAGGAGUGAUUUCUAUGCAUAGAGGCAGAAGUAUAACACUGAGCACCUCCAGGUGUGGCCCAGAAAACACCAAAAAAAUAAAAAAUAAAAAAAUCUAUUGAGAGAAUACCAAAUAAUGGUUAAGCUGGACAACUUUUAAAUUCGCUUAGAGAAGAAUCCUUUAUUCUAUUUUAGUGAUCCACCAAGAACGAGAGAAUACUACUGGGGCCAAAGUGAUUGUAUAGUGGCUAGGGGACUCACCUUACACAAAGCUGACCUGGGUUCCAUCUCCAAUACCACAUAUGAUACCCUGAGGACUGUCAGUAAGUGCAGAACCAGGAGUAACCCCUGAGCACCAUGGGGUGUGGCCCAAAACAAAACAAAGGAAUGAGAGAAUAGUAUAUAUAUAUAUUCAGAUUAUAACAUUCUUGUCUAUUGUCUGGUUAUAAUUUUUUAACCAAUAAAAUGCAUCUUAAAUGGGA